GGCACUGACUGCACUGCAGCAAAGCUGUCACUCGAGGCAACAAUUCGCCCAGCCCAAGCCCCGUCACCCCAAUGAGAGAUUAUCGCGCCGGACAUCCUGUAAUCAGUGAACACGCGACAUUCCCGCUCGGGGCUUCCUCUGCCCCGUACGCCGUCCUCAAAUCAACCGCUUGCGAAUAGGUCACGGGCAAAUUAGAAGCCAGAUAAGCCUGAGAGCCAGUCAGACAUGAGACGAGCGGUACCGGUACACAGUCUAGCCCAAUUCCCCUCCCCACACAGACACCGCAACACUACCAUCAUGAGCCACUGUGCGCCAUGCGCCUUGCUGCCACACCUCCCCCAACGCACACAUGUGUGGAAUUUCGCCGGCUGACUAUACAGCGGAGCGAUUUUUUUAAAAGAGAAAAAAACGGCAUAGCUUAUGUGAAAGAGAAAGGCACAGAGGGGGGUAAAAAGAGAGACGUCAGGGUGUUUCUCUGUGGGCGCCUCUCCGCCUUUCGCGGUCACGUGGUGUGGAGCACUGGCCAAUCUGUAGAUUGCAGCAUCGAGCCCAACCCCAGAAUCUGAAUGCGGCCCGCACCGCACAUUUAUAUACGGUUUAAAUUUCACCAACAAGUCUUGGUCGCGAGCAGAGCUCAGGGUUGCAGCAGAGCAUCUGCCCUUUCCCCCCUUUCCAUAACAACAAAAAAGCAUCAUCCAUCACCCUUUUGUUUAUUUUAUUUCUCGCUUACCCAGUUUAUUUGAGGCCAUUUGCAUGCAUUGUUCGUCUCCUAAAAUGGUUUGCGAGACUAAAAUAGUAGCGGAUGAGCAUGAUGCCAUACCCGGGACCAAAAAAGAUUCAAUCAUUGUUUCCUCCUCACAAAUGUGGACUUCCACGCCCGCGCCGGCUACCAGCGCACUGGAGAGCAAGGAGCCGCGGGGAGAUGCAGUGUUCAUUCGGGAGUUCGAGCGUGCCGACCACGGCGAAGUGAGGCGCAUCUUCUGCGAGGGUAUCAUGGAGCGGAUCCCGAAUACGGCCUUCCGAGGGCUACGGCACCAGAAUCAAACCCAGUUUCUCUACGCGAUGCUCACUCUCAUGUGCUACAUGGUGACCGAUUCUCUCGCGCUGACCUGCUGCACCCCGUUCCUCCUGAUGGGGGCGCGCUACUACUACAGCCGCAAGGUCAUCCUCGGAUACCUGGACUGUGCGCUUCACACCGACAUGGCGGACAUCGAGGCCUACUACAUGAAGCCAGCAGGUUCGUGCUUCUGGGUGGCCAUGCUGGAGGGCCGCAUAGUGGGCAUUGUGGCGGCACAAGGCCGCGAGGACGACAACACGGUUGAGCUGCGUCGCAUGUCGGUGGACUCGCGUUACCGGGGCAAGGGUAUCGCCAAGGCACUGGGCCGGCGUGUGCUGGAGUUUGCCGUGCUCAACAACUACUCGGCUGUCGUUCUGGGCACCACCGCAGUCAAGCUGGCGGCGCACAAGCUGUACGAGUCGCUCGGGUUCCGGCACGCCGGCGAGAGCCAGGACCACACACUCCCCGGCACGCCACGCUCCACGCUCCAGAGCCUCUUCUUCCAGAUCCGCUACCACCACUACCGCUUGCAGCUCCACGAAGAGUGAGGUGGAAAGAGAGAGAGAAGAGCGAGCAAGAGAUAGCAGAGAGGAGAUAUAAGACAGAGAGGGGGGAAGGUGAGAAGGAGAGGGGAGGAAAGAGAGAGGAAGGAAAGUAAAAGUCUUCAGGCAAUGAUUUUUGGCUACCCCUCCACCAGAAACCCUCUUUGGCUUUUUUUCCCCAGAUAAUCUUUUUAUUUUAUACUUAAAAAAAAAAAACAAUAGCAUUGUGAGUGUUCAGGCAACAAGCAGUAGUACCUCUGUACAUUUAGAUCACUUGAUGUUAUAUUUUUUUCUUUCUUUUUUUUGUUUUUCUUCUGUAGAACAAAUGGGACCCUGUUUCUUUUAAUUGCACUUGUGUUUUUCCCCACUCUUCGUCCUUCUAUCAUUCGAUCCCCCUGCCAUUCAUCCAAGCUUCACCCUCCAUUUGGAUCAUCAGCAUUCCACCAGUUCCAACCAUUCAUUUCCUCUCCGAACAAAAGCCCUGCACGCGGCCCACCCAUCCCGCCCCUAUCUGCCUCUGGUGGCCAUUUUGUUUUGGUCGGUAGAGAGUGGGCAGACCACCACCACAGACCAUCAGACCUCCAUCACCAAGGCAACCAUUCUUGAGCAAGCCAGGGGUCAGAUGUUGGCCCCUGCAGCCACGAAUGGGGGUCAUGACUGAAGCACAGCAAGUCAUCCAUAAACGUGUGUGUGUGUGUAAGUGUGUAGAAAAGUGAGUGUAUGAGAGGAAAAGGGACGAAGGGACAGUUAGAGUGUGUCCCAGUACUCUUAUUUCUUGGAAGCUCUUCCUGACACUUCGCCAUUUUACAUCUCUUUGAAGGGCCUUCUCUAUUUUUUUUUUUUAAAAAGCCUGCAUUCCUCUCUCAUAUUAAUGUUUUCAUUCAUCCUUUAACCCUGCCUUCCCUUGUCCAUCUUAGGCCAUGUAAACUGUAAUUUUAUGUGUAUGUGUGUGCGUGUCUGUGUAUAGAAAAAUAGUCCAAACACCUAAUUCCCCUCACAAAAGAAUGUUGAGAGCUAGCGAUUGGUAUAUCACGUCCAGUCCCCUCUGCUCUCUAACUGUUAGCAGUGGACGAUGCCCCAGUAUGUAAGAGUGUUAGUAAGAUGAAGGACUAUCCACCAAUCUCAGCAUUCCUGUUUGUGCUCUCCAUCCCAGGAACAGCCCUGACCUGUGGAGACACUUCAAACUAGAGCAAGUCUCAAACAUCUAUAAUCAACUGUGAGGCUACAGUUGACUGGGCAGAAAUGGGCAAUGGCUUAAUAUGUUCUCCAGAGCCUGUCUGUGUUCUCUUUUUUAGUAGAGAAACUGCUGUAUCUUUAUGGCUGAGCCAAUGCAUUUGAUAUACUCAGCUCUUAAAGGGAGGAAAGAUAAAUAUUUGUCCUUCCCAUACACACACGCACACACAUAUUAAAUAACAAGUGUGUGAUUCAAAUGAAGAGCUAAACACGUAACUGCAGCCAUCUGCAUAAUUAGUGGUUAGGUGAAUUUUUAUGACUCGUUUUGAUAAUUUUCUUUCAUGAAACUUUUUCAAAAUGUAUAACUACAUUAAUAUAGGAGAAAAGUGAUUUCCUGAUAUUGCUACACUUAAAAGCAAUAUGUUUAAAACAAAAUUACAUUUUCUUUCACACAAAGUAUUUGAAAACACGAAAAGUUUGCAGUCUCCAAGCUAUUGGAAGAAAGGCUCGGAAAGAAGUUCGCGUCUUGAAAGGCAUCUGAGCACAAAAUGUGAAUAAUUUGGAUAUAUGACAAAUUAUACAACAUAUAUACACAAUAUACCAAUAUUUAUAAUGAAUAUACGAUAUUUGUAGAUGAAUAUACGUAUGUGUAUGCUGUGAAAAUGCAUAUCGCCAUGUCUCUCCAUAUCCAAACAGAACCAGCACUGGGAGAUUCAACACAAGCCUCAUUUGUGACAUACUCUUGUAUAAAGUAACUAAACCUAAAAUGUGAUAAUUAAUAAUAAAAAAAGAACUAAAAAAAAACUUUGCGUAGAAGUACAAAACGUAGUAAUGCAAGAAAACUACAUGACCCUGCAGACCUUCCCUGACUUGACUUCUGUACUCCUCCUUUACCCCACCCCCCAUUCCAUUGAUCUGACUGCAACCCUGAGCUAUACCUACCCUCCACCCCGCCCCCAUUCAGACUUCCCAUCUUUGUGAGACCCCCCUCCACCCCGCAUGCUCCCCCAUCCAGCCUUGCUGUGCUGCUUCUAUUCACCUGAGCUCGUCACCCAAUCCCAUUAUGGCCCCUCUGUGAUGUCAUCGCUGCAGUCUAAGCACUGUGGCUCGGCUCAAUCAUAUUACCACAAAGGGCCAGUGGGAGGCUUGUGUGGGGGGAUUUUUGGAAGGACCCUGAUCUGGGGGGGGGGGCUUGCCGAAAGAAAAGAGGAACAAGAAACACAAUCGCUAGUCUGCCACGAUGACAUCACGGCCAGCAAAAGUAGAAUGCAAAAAAAAAAGCAAUGCAAGUGUUUUUGGCAUGUUUCUGUGCCUGGUGUGUGUACACUGCCUGCCCUGAAGACAACAAUUAACCUAUGUCUAAAAAAAAAAGGAAAAACAUGAAUAGCUUUUUUUUCUUAUCUGAGCAUAUAAACAAACGUGUGUUUCUUUUCAGAGAAAAAAAACUUACUGUAAAUUACUGCAUGAGAACGUCUUUGACAAGUGAAUAAGAAAAAAAAAAAACUAUUGACCCUAGCUCACAAGAAAGUCUUAAUAGUGGAAUGUUAUUUCUUUUCCUUACGGUCAUCUCAGUUUACUGCUGUUUCAGGCCCUUAACGGCAUAUGUGUGUGUGUGUGUGAGGGGCUUCACUUCACUCACAGAGAAAAAACAUCCAGAGAUUUUUGUUUCUUUUCCGCUUAUCUCACUGUAGCAUUUCAUUUCUUCGUUUGGUAAUUCUGGCAUUCAGCAUUAGAUCAGAUUAAUCUGAAGAUGGCAUAAUGCACACAAAUGCUUAGUCGCUUACGUCACCCCUCAAAACAGAAUUCCACAGAGUAUGCCCUUAGCACAGUCUGGAAUUAUAACUGGAAUUCUAGAGUUCUGCUCAAAACAGAAUUCCACAGAAUAUGCCUUUAGCACUGUCUGGAAUUAGAACUGGAAUUCUAACCAGUUCCAGUGUAGUCACAAACUGAGCCAUAAGUUUUGUCACUGGACUAACAAAGCACCAAUUUCCCUUUGAUAGGCACUAGUGGAGAGUUCACCAUGACCUCUAAAUGUCCAGGUUUAGCUUGUUCUCCUAAAUGCUCAAAACGAUGUCUCCAAAACACCUUGUUCCUUCGGGACAUGCGCCUCAGAUGUCUUUGUCCCUCUUUAGUGAAGACAUAUCACUGACACAGGUAACUCAAAUGGCACUGAAUUGGGACAGAGAAUCUUUUCGGCCUCUAUCUACAUAACUGGCAGUUCUGUAUCAAAGAGCCUUUUGGGGGUCACUGUAGAGGUUACCUCAUAGGGCCCAUGUGAAUGUAGAAACUGAGUGCAGAACAUGUUUAAAGGUCCUCGGGGAAAAAGAUGACAAACAAAGCUACGCUACUGGAUGUCAUACUUGGCUGUCAUGCAUGCCUUCCUUGAUUGCAAACCACUGACUUUCUAGUAAGAAUAGACUUCAGAGCGUAUAAGUCUUAGACUUCUUGUAGGCAAACCAUGUGUAAGAAAGGGAAAGAUGCCCGUACAGAUGGAAGUAAUUCUGCAAGCUCUAAUGCUCAAGGUCUCUGACUCAACAGCCACGUCUACACUAGAAUAAAAUCAGCAACAAUUGUGGUAAAUAGAAUUAGAACACAGACUGGCUCGACUAUCUUCAAUAUCUUUUAGCUUGUGUCGUGAACCCUCUCUUCAAGGUUGCAAAGGAAAGGAGAGCAAGAAGGAAAACGGAUAGCCAUAAUGUAACUCCAUAUCAGCUUGAUUUUUCAUGUUAACUCAGCUAAUAUUAUAGGGAAUUCCACAGGGCAAGCCAAUCUAGACAGGUGUUAGUGUUAAAAGGAGUACUCUGAUUGGCUGAAGCUUGUUGCUCUCAACGAAUGUAGGCGGGGCUGUUGUUGCAUGAUAUUGGCAAGACGGCCGUCUGAUCAUCCGAUGUUUUACAAACUGCUCUGAUUAAUUUUUUUCUGUCUGCCUGUGGCUCUGUUAAUCUCAAGGCCCGAAUGUUUUCUUUCCUCUCCGGCCUUUCUUUUGCUUUUUGCUAUCAAUGAACUGAUGAAUGGAAACACAACAAAAGGAAACACUUGAAAGAGCAGCUGAGAACUACCCCCUUCUUUUUUUCCUGGAGCACAUGAAAGAAUGGCUUUUGUGUGCAGCUGCCGUAGUCCUACUGACUGAGAGGGAAGAGAGAAGGAGAGACACUAAAAUGGACCUCAGUAACGUGCUAGAGAAGAUGGCUGCCACUGGAACGUUCCAUUGUGAGAUUGCGUAGGGGGUAUAAGAGGGGAAGGCCUCACUGCUGGUUCAGCAAGGCUGCCCUACGUUCCCCACCUCUGGGAACAGCAGGAUGGUACAACUGGACAUGCCAAAAUGUGAAACCUUUUCUCUCUGUAUCUCCCUUUCUUUCUCUCUCUCUCCCCCUCCCUCCGUUUCUGACUUUCCAGAUGGAAAGUACCCUAUUCAUCUACAGCUGCAGGUGCCAAGAAUGCUGAAGCACUUGUGGUACAAAAAAUGUGUCUUCAUAAUUAUUUUGCUUCAUAGGUUAUUUUUUAAAAUUGUAACUGUUUUUUUGCUAAUCUUGUACUAUAUGCAUCUGUAUGUAAAUGAAUGCUCAUAUAUAUAUUGUAUUACAAUGAUUUGUGUAUUUUUUUUUUUUUGGUUUUUGUUUUGAAAGAUGUAAUUUGCCAAAGGUGAGGGAUAUUUGCUGCAUUUUUUUUCCAAUGUUCUGUCUUACAAGUGUGUGCAAAGCGCUCACCUGCUCUUGUGCCCUGCCCACGUGCCAUCUUCUCAAGCAAUAAAAGAUCCACACCAACCAACCCCGAGGUUACGAAACGCAAAAAUUAUAUAAAACAAAACAUAAAAUAAUUAUGCUGCAUCGGUGUUCUAUCCCUUAAUCCUACACAUGCCUGACAGUCGCUGUGAUGCUAUUAUUGUUGGCAUGGAAACAUCACCAUGGGCAAGUGAAGGCCUGAUUGGUUGUGAUUGUGCAAUGAUAUUUUUUUCCACCCCAUUUUUAAUUGUCAUUUAUUUUUUCCUAACUCUCCGACAACAUACCCAAUGUUUCUGUUUCUGUGUUGUUUUGAGGAUUAAUUCUCCAGUUAAUUGUGUGUUGCACAGACUGCCAGGCUCCUUUGCGAAUAGAACCAUCACUCGUCCUGUAACUAUGGGGAUGGGGUUGGGUGCCUGAAAGCUGUCACCGUUCUGAGCUCUGAUUGGUCAUUUUCACACAGCCCUCUCUCCCAAGUCGCUGGGACUGGAGCAUGUCAUAAAACUAAUUUCACAGUAUUGAUCACUAUGGAUGAAAUGCAAGUAAGACAAUAUUUUCCCCUCCUAGUGCUGGGAGCACUCUAUGCUGCAUCUCAAUGGCUAACUAAUACAAAGCUUUUAUGAUUUUCUGGCAAGAAUUAAAACAUAUAUUACUUUUUUAUUCACAUUUUAAUAAAUGUAAAGUUGUAAAGUGUAUUUUACUGUAAAUAGCAUCCGGGGGAUAUUUUAUGGUCCUUUUGUAACAGAAACUAUAUUGAAAAAAAAAAAUUAGCCUUACUUUAAAAUGUUUACAAAGAUGGGGAAAAUAAACAAAACCACAUUUAACAACUGCAGCUACUGGCAGACUUUUCAAGCCAGGCUAGGCUAACUGAAUUCAAAUCUGAUCAGCUUAAUCUGGUCACAGCUUUCAGGUCCCCAGUCUGUUCUCCAAGCUUCAGCCUUAGCAAGGGUCUGUCUGUAGUAGCAUGAAUGCUAACAGUCACCCAAUUGAAAAUGGGGAUGUUAGCGGCUAUGCUAAUGGCUAGAAGGCCCCUGCUCUGCUGUAGAGCCAAUCAAAGGCUUACUUUACCUUUGAUCUCCCCUCACCCCGCACCCACCAUCUCUGGGUCCUGACCUUGUGGCCUUUGUUGGUCACUAGGGAAACGGAAACCCACAAAAAAGCACAUAAGGAGAAGGUAUGCAGCUACAUGAGGGGGCUGACAGAUGUGUGUGUGUGCAUGCAUGUGUGUGUGUAAUUGCAUGUGUGUGUGAGUGAGAGUGUUUGGUGAUGGGAUGAGAUAACCCCUCGUGUAGUUGCAGGGGGAGCUGGCUCUCUGAGGCUGUUUGUAUUUACAGGUGUAAGUCUUUUUUUUUCCUGGUUAUUUCCAUUUGUUUUCUCAAUUAGACUUUCUGGAUGUUUCUUUGAGAACUGCUGUAAUUUCAGAUUAAAACCAAUUCCUCUUCACCCUCUUUAGUUGAACAGGAAACAUUGUAAAGAUGUAAAGAACAGAUUUCCUGCAUUAUGAAAGAACUGGAUGUACAUAUUGUAUCAAUUAAAAACACAUAAAGCUUGAA